AUGGAGCUGGGCUUCCCAAGGCCCCGACACUUCCAAUUGAACUUCACUGUCACCAGCGUGCUCUAUUCCCUGGACUUGUCACACCCUGACUCAGCCAAGUAUCAAGAGAACAAAAAUGGCAUUGAAGAUGCGCUGACCCAGCUCUUCAGAAACAGCAGUAUCAAGAGCUAUUUCUCUGACUGUCACGUGCAGACCUUUAGGCUUGUCUCUCCCUUCUUUAGGCUUGCCUCUCCCAGACGCCUCACAGGAGUGGACUGUUUAUGUGACUUCACAUCAGCUGCUCAAGCCCGGAACUUUGACAGGGCCGCUAUGUACGAAGAGUUCCUCAGACUGACCCACAAUGGCACUCGGCUACAGAACUUCACCCUGGAUCAGAACAGUAUCCUGGUGGAUGGCUAUUCUACCAAGAAAAUAGAUGGGAAAACUAAGAAAACUGACCUGCCCUACUGGGCCAUCAUUCUUAUCUGCCUGGCUAUUAUGUGCUGCUUCAUGGUUAUCAUGGGCCUGAGGAAAAAUGAAGGAGAUUAUGAAGUCCAAAGGCAAACCGUCAGCUCUUACCUCUCCCACCUAGACCUGAGGAAAAUUAAUAAUAGACUGCGAUAAAAAUGUAGCAGAGUGAACCCAAACACCUUGGCCCCUGGCCCUGGCCACAAUCCUGGUGUGGGCUGGGCUUGGGCUGGAAUAAACACUGGGCCUUGCUCAUUCUGGAU